AUGGGCUACAAAAAGGCUGUAAAAACUUUUUCUGUGCCAAGGUCCACGCUGAAACGAUUAGUGAAGGACUUUGAAGUCUCUUUAGAUUUACUUGUACAUAAACCGCUUGGUAGAAAGCCCGUACUUCCACCUGUCCUGGAAAAAAAGUUAGUAGAAUAUAUUUUGUUUAUGGAAGCUAGAUACUUUGGACUUACUAGGAUGGAUGUCAGAAAAAUGGCCUAUCAGCUAGCUCUCAAAAACCACAUCAAAAAUCAAUUUAGAAAUGAAGUAGCAGGACGUGCUUGGUUGGAUCAUUUUUUAAAGCGACACAAAAACAAUUUAUCCCUACGCAGACCAAUGGGAACAUCGUAUGCUCGUACUCAAGGCUUUAACAGUGAAGCAGUUAAAGAAUUUUUUGACAUUUUGGAAGCUGAAAUGAGAAACCACAAUUUUCCUCCUGACAGGAUUUUCAAUGUCGAUGAGACGGGGCUCACAGUUGUGCAGUCAAAAGUACCACAGGUGGUGGGAAAAAAAGGCAAGAGGCAGAUAGGAGCUUUGACUGCUGCCGAAAGAGGUUCACUGUGUACUGUGGUUUGUUGCAUGAGUGCAUCGGGUAUUUUUGUACCACCUAUGAUGAUUUUCCCAAGAAAAAACUUUACAGAUCUUUUGAUGAAAGGUGCGCCACCUGGAACGAUUGGUAAAGUUCAUCCAUCAGGUUGGAUUCAAUCUAAUUUGUUUACUGAGUGGUUCAGGCAUUUUAUUGAAAAAACGAACCCCAGCGAGGCCUCUCCCGUGUUGCUCAUCUUUGACGGACAUUACAGUCACACUCGUAAUUUAGAAAUAAUAGAGCUGGCCCGCGAAAAUCAUGUCACCAUUAUCAGUCUCCCACCUCAUACGACCCAUAAACUCCAGCCUUUGGAUAAGACUUUCAUGGGUGCACUUAAGAGUCAUUACAGCGAGGAGAUACGCAAGUUUCUUAUUUAUUCUGAAAGAAUGCUUAAACCUUACGAUAUUGCUGAGCUUUUUGGACGGGCAUAUCUCAAGUGUACCUCGGGAGAAAUUGCAGUAAAUGGUUUUCGUGCUACCGGCAUUUACCCAUUCAAUCCGCAAGUUUUUACUGAGGUUGAUUUCAUAGCGGAAGCAUCAAACAGUGAUCAGUCAUGUCGCAGUGUAGACAAUCAACGUGGAAGUGUUGUUGCUGACCAAGAUGCCCCAGGAACGAGUACAGCGGUACAAGAGGCGCCAACUGGUUUGAUUCUACCAGAAGAAAUUCAGCCCAUCCCUGGGGCCAAAACUAGGACUUCUAAUCGUGGAAGAAAAGCUACAACAGCAAAAGUGAUCACAUCAUCACCUUAUAAAAACCAAUUAACCGAAUCUUUGCGCUUAGCUGAGACUCGUGGACGAGGCAGUAGAGGCGGCAGGAACGGGAGAUGGCUGGUACUCCCGUUCCGAAGAAGUGGCACCCAGGCGCCGGAGGCCGCUGUCCUGAGGGAACGUGAAGAGGAACAAGCCCCUCUUUACUCAAUGGUGUGGCUGCCUACUUCCGUCCUAAGGUAUACCUGA